CAGUGAUAUAAACAUAAACCAUCCUCUGUCCGAGAUAUAAAAGAAAAGAGGGGCGACAGAGAUUCAAUUCAUGGCAGCCAAUUCAGGGCUCGGUCCGUCCAUUGAUGAAGAAAGGUGGGUGAGCCUGAGUAACAGAGCCUUACAGUCAGAACUCAUCUUAGAAAUCGAUGGCUUUUCUCCAACAAUCUUUCAAGUCCCCAAGUCCGUCAGCGAAACCAAGCCAGAAGCCUACACCCCUCUGCUACUCGGCAUGGGACCGUACCAUCAUCUCCGGCCCGACCUCCACGCCGCAAACCUCCAGAAGCUCGUCGCCCUCAACAAAUUUCUUGGAAAAAACCCAUCCAAUAACCUCUCCAAACACAUCCUCAAAAAGAUGAGGGAUUUGGAGCUGCUGGUUCGGGCCAGCUACGACCAGUACGUGGAUCUGGAUUGCUCCACCCUAGACUACAUCCUCGCCGUUGAUUCUUUCUACCUGCUCGUUUUUUUGGGUAUGUACGGGAAGAAAACUCCCACUCUCGGACCCGGUUGCCAAGAGCUUGCCAAGGACAUCUUGAAGUUUGAGAAUCAAAUCCCGGCACGUGCCGUAGAAGAGAUGGGGAAUCAGCUAGGUAUCCCAACAAGCAAGCUGCAUUCAGAACUCUUUUACUACCUAUGCAAAGCUCACUCUCCGCUCAAACUUGAUAUGGGUUUCGUGAACGACUGCUAUGAGGGCAGUCACCUGCUGGCACAUAUGUAUCAUCGGGUCAUAAACAACCGGGGUGGACCAGUGACGCGGUUAAUGUCUGCAGGGGGCAAAAGCACAGAGGACGGAAUAGAGGCAUUAAAAGAUUUAAGUGAAUUACUUGGAGUAGGAGCAUCCAAAUGGAUUAAUCCAAUGCUAUUAGCUUUGGAGGCAUUACAAGUUUUGGAGAUUAGCAGCAAGUUAGCUGAUGAGAUUACUAAGAUUAAACUAUCAAAACCACCAAAGAAGAGUCAUCAAAUUCCUUCAGCAUCGGAUCUGUCCAAGAAACACAAUGUGGGUUUCAGGCUGCUGGAAUGUGAAGGGAUUAGGGAUAUCAAAUUUGACCUCCAGGACGACAUAAGAACGGUUUCUCUGCCUCAGAUCACUUUAAAAUGCGAUUCAGAGGUGGUUUUAAGAAACCUGCUGGCAUAUGAAUCUGCCAUUGCAAUCCCAGAGUCAGCCUUUGAGCUUGCUGGAUAUAUUCACCUGAUGAGCAACAUACUGCAGACACCUGAUGACGUGGCGUUGCUACGGGGGAAGGAUAUCAUCAAGGGAGACCUAACAGACGGAGAAGUUCUUGAAAUCUUCAACGGGGUCGGAAAAACUGUGGGGAACUCGAAGCCGAAGAAGGAGUGUGCAAGCAGGGAAGUGGUGAAACAAGUGAAGCAAAUGGUGGAGGAAUGGGAGAAGAGGAAGAGGUAUGUGUGGAAAAGGGUGUGGAAGCUUGUUGAGAAGAAGGUUGACAAUGGUGUGGAGUUGAUGAGGAAGCCCGUGGGAACUGGUAUGAAGUGUCUAUUGAGAUAUUUGGUAUUUUUAAUAUUCUUAUUAUAUUCUUAUUAUAUAUUAUCACACAUGUAAUAAGUUGGCUUGUACUGCAUGCCUACUUGCAUGACCCAUGCAAGUUGUAUUCUCUCUCUUGUAAUCAUCUACCAUGCAUGUAUGCUAUAAAUAUGGCAUAUGCAUUGUUCAAUAAAGAUACGAAGGAGA